AUGGCAUCUACAGGUGGUCUUCAUUCGUUGGCCACCAUCAUCAAGAGGCUAGAGGCUGCUACCUCCCGCCUCGAGGACCUCGCGAACCUCCCGCAGUCCGCGUUGACGCAGCUGCAGGGUACUUCCGUCACCCAAUAUACAUCUGCGUCCUCUGAGCCAACGCCGGUGCCACCACCACCGCCACCACCGCCCGCGACCGUCGUUCCACCGCCCGCGCCAACCCUAGCGGAGGACCCGAAGUCGGUCGUCGCCUACGACGAGCUGAUCAUCGACGGCAAGCUCAAGCCCUUCGUGGAUCUUACCAAGAGCUUCGCCGGCGCGUCCGUGAUUGAGCAGGUUGCACUGCUGGAGAAGGAGUUUGCGGACCUGCGCGACCUGCUGCUGGUCGCCGCGUCGUGCAAGAAGCCCGACCAGAAGGCAUUCGAGACGCUGCUUGCGCCGCUGCAGAAGGACAUCGAGGCGAUCUCGCGCGCGAAGGAGGCGAAUCGGAAGGAUCGAGAUUGGUUCACGCACCUGUCGACCGUCGCGGAGGGCGCCCCGUGUGUUGGGUGGGUCACUGUAGAACCUAAACCCGGUCCCUAUGUUGCUGAUAUCAAGGACUCAAUGCAGUUCUACGGCAACCGCGUUCUGAAGGAAUACAAGGAGAAGGACGCGAAACACGCAGAAUGGGUCAGAGGGUACGUCGGACUUUUGGAGGAAUUACGGAAAUACAUCAUGGAAUACCACACGACCGGUCUUGUGUGGAACCCUAAGGGUAUCGCAGUAGAGCAAUAUCAUGCAUUCUCUCCACAAGCAUCAGGAGGUGUCCCACUGCCUCCAGCGCCUCCACCACCGCCCCCCGCAGCCCCCGCAGCACCGCCAGCACCAGCAUCUGUUCCCGCAGCAGCUGGCGGCGUCGCCGCUGUAUUCGCUGAGCUCAAUCGCGGAGAGGAGGUAACGAAGGGGCUGCGCAAGGUCGAUAAGAGCCAGAUGACGCAUAAGAAUCCUGCACUGCGGGCCGGCAGCACCGUUCCCAGCAGCACAAGUCCUACAGGUGCAAAACGACCAAUUAAACCCAGCAAACCGCAGGCGCUGAUGGGCAAGAAACCCGCCAAGUUCGCGCUCGAGGGCAACAAAUGGGUUAUUGAAUAUCAAGAAAACGAGUCCGCCUUGGCAGUGGAGAACGUGGAGCUCAGCCAAACGGUCAACCUCUUCGGUUGCAAGAAUUCGACGUUAAUCGUCAAGGGGAAGGUCAAUGCGGUUACACUAGUGAACUGCAUCAAAACUUCCGUGCUGGUGGAGUCGGUCAUCUCGUCAGUCUCGGUCAUGAACUGCCCGUCGUUUGCAUUGCAGAUUACCGGGUCUGCACCGACAAUCCAGCUGGACUCGACAGAUUCGGGGCAAAUCUACCUGUCCAAGGACUGUCUCGGCGUCGAGAUCACGACUGCGAAGUGUAGCGCGAUCAACAUCAGCUUACCGGUGGAGGGCGAGGAGGAAGGCGUGUUCCACGAGCACCCCGUGCCGGAGAUGUUCCUGACGGUCAUCAAAGAUGGGAAGCUCGUCACCACUGCGGUAGAACAUAGUGGGUAG